CCAACACUGAAGGUUCUAUGUUAAACAGAGAUUUUGGUACUGACUCAGUUGAGUCCACGGACAACUCGCUGCUUGCCUUGGAGCAACGUGUCGAAGAGGCUUGUGCUUUGGUCGAAAGAGUUCUUAGAGAAAGAGAGGAACGGGAACAGUUUGGAAGGGAAAUAGAAAGGAAAGAACGAGAAAUAAGAGAACAGAGAGCUCGAAAGAAAAGAGAAAGGGAAGCAAGGGAGCAGGAGGAAGCUAACAGGUGGCCACAACAACAGGAGGCCAUCACUGGCCGCUCAAAGUGGUCGUGUGAACAUUACCAGAGGCACUGUAGAGUGCGAUUCCCUUGUUGCAGCCACUUCUAUUCAUGUCACCGCUGCCAUAAUAACUCUAAAGCAUGUGACAAUGAAGAGGCUAAGGCCGCCCAUGCGACUCACCUCAAGUGCUCAUUCUGUCAACAUGAACAGGAGAUUGGUGAAGACAGUGGAAAAUGCCGCAGCUGUGGAGCUCAGAUGUCUGCGUAUUUCUGCUCAAUCUGUAAACAUUUCACAAGUAUCGAUAAAAAUCCUUACCACUGUAAAAAAUGUGGAAUUUGUCGAAUCCACAAGGAUAAAUCUUUUCACUGUGAGGUGUGUAAUGUCUGUCUUGAUAAACGUCUUGAAGGAAAACAUAAGUGCAGAGCAGAUUCUGGACACGAUGAAUGCUGUAUCUGCCUAGAGGAUGCGUUCAGUGGUUGCCAAAUCUUACCUUGUUCACAUAAGGUACAUCGGGAAUGCGCCAUCGCUAUGAUACAGAACGGAAUUCGCACGUGCCCGGUGUGUAGACACCCAUUGUACAGCCCAGCUUCAGAGUGAAGAGCCUUCGUUUCCAAACAAGCUCUUACUUGAUGUCAAACUAUUUGAUGUCACGGAUAUUCAAGAUCAGAGAGAAAAAUACAGUCUCUAGGAUGAAGCAAGGCAAAUGGCAAAUUGGGAACAUAAAGAAGGCCAUUCCCGUAUCUUGAUUAAGGAGGAUUGUUGUGUUAAAUUGAGAUGAAGCUACUGGGUGCCACUACCGGUGUGAUCUUUGUUGAUUUUCGUGUCCUCUCAAAGAUCGCCUUUUGUCGGGUUAACUCCUGCUUUCCAAACUGUUUGCAGUUAGCGCCACGUCACAUCUAAUAUUACCACUCAGAAUACAAACUCUGACCUAUAUUAAGAUGACUAGUGACGAAGGAACAGCAAAAAGAGCUGGCUUGGAAAGACAGACCGGACUACCAAUGAGCAAGCUCUCUGUCUCUUGAGCUCACAAUUUCAGACUGGUGUCUUUGGCGUGAAGUCAAAGGAUUACAGCAUUGAGACAAUGAUAAGAUACUUAACUCUAUCUUUUUGCUAAAUAUAGGUGAUUACUUUGAUGAAGAAACAAUAGAAAGUAAUUACUUCGUUCAGUUUAAUGGGUGAUUUUGUGCUGUUAUCCACUAAGGCAAAUUCGUUGAUGGCGUUGGCCAUUAAUCCCGUUCAUUUUGUUUGGAAAGUUUUUCUUUGUUAUUGUUCAUUGUUCAACAUUGUAAUUUCUGAGAAAGAAAUUCAGUUUAUAUCAUGGCUAUUUCAAUAAUAUUGUGUUAUUAUUAUAUCCCAGUCUUAAAUUUAUAGGCACCAGAUUUCUCUUUCUAAUCUAUGAGAAUUUCAACAAAUAUUUAUUCAAAUUAUUCAAUCAUUCAUUCUCAUAAAAUACCUCUAAAUACUUUAUUUCAUUAUUCAUCACCCUUAUGUAUGUAAGUAUGAAAAUACUACUUUGUUUGAUUAAAUACAGUGGUGGUUGAAGGCUUAAUGUGAUA